CACUACUAUAUAACAAAUAAUUUGAGAGAUGAGGUUCAGGUUUCGUGGAGGGGAGGACUGCCCUGAUUGGGUGCUUGCGGAAAUAUCUACAAUAUCAAAACUCUCCUCUAUCAAACUCAAACUUAUUUGCAUUCAGAUAUUGAACCACAUAGAAGAAGAGACAGUGAAGUACGAAGUAUUUACAAAGCUGAUAGAUAACAAGAUGUUCACACUGUCCGAUGUUAAGGGUCUGGUGGCCAGUCUAACCUUUAUAAUUCACAGUGCUCUGAGGAUUGAUGUCGAGUCUUCUUCACUUGACAGUGAACUUCAACAACUUGGGUUUCCUAAGGAACACGCCGGUUCUUUAACCAAAGCCUACACAGACCAUGCACAAAAAGCGCGGGAAGCUCUGAGGAGAACUAGUCUACGCUAUCCAGCUCCCAGUGUUGAGUGGUCAGUAGAUUACAUAGCAACAAGUACAAAACACGGCAAGAUAGACGAGCCCCUGAUUAACCUGAACAUCAACGGAACUCCCUGCACUGUUACAGUUGCCAAACUAGAUGUCAUAUUGAGCGAACUGAAAUCAGCAUCCAAGAGCAUCAAAAACAUCAAAUUGUGACAGCCUGAUGGGUUCUACUGGAAAGUGGAAAUAGUCCAAUGAUGGGAAAACGUUUGACUGUUCUAGAAGUCGAGAGAGUGAUUUACUAACGGGCUGGAUCCGGCAUUGUUUUAAAAAGUAGUUUAUUAAGUUUAGCGUCUGCUAAGUGUAAAUGUAGUACAGUAGUGCGAAGUGAACAGCUGUAAGCAGAACACGAUACAUAAAAUUUGCGUUGUUUGUAGCUUUGUAGUCAUCUCUCUCUCUUUCUCUCUCUCACUUCUGCUGAUAUUAUCUUAGCUUUUUAUGUUUUUAUGUAUAACUUUUGAACCAGUUCUUGUUUAUUUUUGUUGAGAUUGUGAUCGUCGAUUGAAUUUUUAUGAUCAGAUAAAU